UGCCUGCUCUUUCCGCUUUCGUUGCUUCUGUUCAUGCAGUCCCCAGCCCUGCCUCCGUUGGCUCGGACCUGACCAUACUCCUCCACAAUGAUCUGUAUGGUACGCGUGCAUUUUUCAGCGCUCUAGCUCUUGACCCUCGCCGCCUCUCCCGCAGCCAAACGCCCCGGCCACAGUAAGCAUAGACGAUCGUCGAGACAAUCAAUUUCAUUUCACGGUUUGUAAGACAUCAGCCUGCAGAUCACGUGUGGACACUGGCUGCGGGGUGACGCUGUGCAUUUCGUAGCCUCGUUGCCUGAUCACAUCUACCUACCUAUUCUGGAUGCAUUUUGUAUAUGUAGGUGUGAAGCUAACAAUUCUAGGCAACGGGGGCGCAACCGACGUCGCAGUAAUCGUCCUAGACGCUCCACAGACUCAACAGGCUGCCCAGACAAGCUGCCAAACCCUCGGUGAGAGCCUUUGGACGCCACUUAGCAACCGCACGGAACUCCCUUUGGCCUAUCUAAGCUACACAAACCCAUCAAACAAAGGCCUUUUCUAUUGGACUGGUGGGUCCGCGGAUCGUGACUGUUUGGCCAUAUCACAGAAUGGCACUCUUGCCAUAACCACUUGCGAAGCCAACCUGCCUGUUUUAUGCACACAGUCUGCACAGUUGUUCACUUUGAAUCAAACCGAUACCUCAGCCAGAUGGCAGACCACCAUCACCACAGGUGGUCAAACAAUCACAGGAUAUCGCGACAAAUUGAGCUUCCGUUUUCUCGGCAUCCGUUAUGCUUCCCCGCCUCAGCGCUUCACUUAUUCGACAGUCUACAACGACAUUGGUGGCGUUUCAGCCCUCACUGCCGGUCCCAAGUGUCUGCAGAGCAGCUGCACUCCCAGUACCUGUAGCGAAGAUUGCCUCUUCCUAAAUGUUUGGACGCCCUACCUUCCCUCCAGUCCCUCCACUACCAAGAAACUCAAACCUGUGAUGUUCUGGAUCCAUGGAGGAGCCUUUGUCGAGGGCACGGGCAGUGAUCCGACAUUUGAUGGCGGAAACAUGGCUUCGCGUGGCGACGUCGUGGUCGUAUCCAUCAACUACCGACUUGGCACUCUUGGCUUCCUGGCGCUUGAUGACGGUGUAACCAACGGCAAUUUUGGCAUCGCAGACCAAAUCACGGCGCUUGAUUGGAUACGCGCAAACAUUCAUGCUUUCGGCGGCGAUCCUCAGCAUAUCACAAUCUUCGGUCAAUCUGCCGGUGCAGACAGUGUAAAAGUUCUCUUGGAGAGCCCCAAGGCCAUUGGAAAGUUCCAGGCUGCAAUUCUAAUGAGCAGCCUGACAGGCCAGGGGUUCGCAUUGCAUGAUACGCAGUACUUCUCGAUAGCUGAAGAAGUGGCGCAGAGAGCAAACGCGAUUCUGAAUGAAACUGGAUGUGCCAACGCCACUUCUCAGUUGGAUUGCCUGCGGAAAUACGAUGGUACUGAGCUAAUCUCCCUGACAAGUCAUUCGAGCAAUCCUGUUAUCGACGGGACAUACAUCACGUCCUCAGGCCUACUAAGUGGCACCAGCCCCGUUGCCCACGUCCCUCUCAUGAUAGGCACGAUGCGCGACGAUGCUGCCGCGUUCAUCAGCUAUCCUAGCCCGAAUAGUAACACAACGGACCUCGCGUCCCUCCUCACAAGCUCCGGCCUCUACAACACCAGCUACGCCACCAGUGUCGCCUCCUCUGGCGCCUUUCCCCUCCCUCCCAACCCCACCAACGCCUCUCUCGCCCUCUUCAACACCACCGCCCGCUUCACAACCGACGCCGAGUUCCGCUGCCUCGACUACGCAAUUGCUUAUGCGGGCGCGCUUCACUCCCUUUUCCCCUCAGUGCACUACUACGAGUUCAACCGCUCCUACCAGCUGACAGACUACGACCCCAACGCGCCCGUCUGCGACGCGCCACCCAGCCCAGCCCAUCCCGCCGGUGACCCCGAACAGGAGUACUACAAGUGCCACAGCGGCGAGCUGUACUACGUCUUCGGGAACGUGGCGCGUCAGGGCCUACCGUUCCGCGACGAGGGAGACAUACCGUUCUCGCAGCUGGUGCUGGACUCGUGGACGGCGUUUGCGCGGACGGGAGACCCGAAUCUGACGGAGGAGUUUUUGCGGGCGCGCGGGUUUGAUGGCACGUUGGCUGCGGUGCGGCGGGCUGGGAUGUGGGAACAGGUGAGUGCGGAGAGCCCGGCGUAUCGGAAUUUGCAGUGGCCGCUGCCUGGGAGCGUGCCGUUUGGUGAGACGGCGCAGUGCGAGGCGUUGGGGCUGGGGCUGGGGUAUUAUGGUUAAGGGGUGGGUGACUGCUGUUUGUUCUUGUGGCUUUUUUGAGAGGUGGGUUCGAUGAUGUGGACGGAGUGAGCUCUUGUAAGGGUGUCGAGGUGGUUGGUACGGUAUGUUAUCGUAGGCGUGACCGAGUGAUGCGGCGGGACGGUUUAAGCGUCUGUCAAGGUAUGCUUGCCAUCCGCCCACACCUGCACCAGUAGGUUCCAGACCAGUCGCACGGUACGUGUAUAGCAGCACAGUAUGUACAUACAGCACUGACAAAUCAUUACUCUCGCCUACCAAACAGUACAUACAUCA